CACGUUUCUUGUCCUUCAAGUACAUCGCAUGCUGAACUGUUCUUCGAUAACUCUUCAGGCUGUUAAACGGAUAGAUGUCUUCACCACUGAAGCCUGUGAUGCGUUUCGCUCUCUUUGCGAAGAGGCGCGAAGAUUUGACUCCCGAGCAAUUCUACGAGCACUGGGAGAGAGUACAUGCACCUCUCACACCGCCGUGGCUUGUGAAGCACAAAGUCCUUGGUUACUCACAGAUCCACACAGCACGCUCCGGCGACGAACCUAGCAAGGAUGGUGCCUGGCCUCUUCCUUUCGUAUGCGACGGGAUUGCCGAGUUCGACGUCGACGAUAUGGCAGCAUUCAGUAACGCAUUCGCGGAUCCGUAUUACAUCAAUGUGAUCAAGGUGGAUGAAGCGAACUUUCUUGAUACCAGUGCGAAGCUAAUUAGGAGUGGAGGAGUGUUGAGAAAAAUCGUGGAUGGUGGGAAUGCCGCUCUUGGUACGGAGGAGAGUUUCAGCAAGGCGGUAGAGGAAAUGAAGAGGUUUACGGAAGAGUGGAAUGCUAGGGAGAAAGGAGAGACAAAAAGGGACUAAGCUAAAUUUGGUCUAAAAUCAUAAAUGCGAGUGGUAUGUGGGCAAUUUUUGGUGGGGUGAAGCAUGCGCGUGCCGAGUCAUAAGUCAUAAGUCGGACCACUGUUGUUGAUUAUCGACCAUUAGCGCGAUUAUCUAUCGAUCGAUUAUCGACUCUAUCGAGCCUAUCGGAGCCCACACUGCUAACGACCAAGUUUGUUGAAGGUUGACUCUACUUCCUCAAGAGGUUUUGCUUUGUCUUGGCCGAUCCCAAGACUCUAGCAAUGAAUAUACGGCCUAAAAUUUACCUAUUCACGCCGAAUUUGUUUGUUUACUUCAUUAGUGGCGAGAUGACUGGGAGAUGACGUGACUCUUAACCAGAAGCUUCGUUAAAUUUAUCUCC